UAAUGGAUUGUAAUAUUCAAGCUAACUUCUUUGACUGCGAGUGCGGGAAAUCACGCAUGAACCGUAGGAUCCGCACCAGGGUUUUCCGCGAAACCGCGGGCUGGCGUGAGGUUACCAAAUUCACCUCACCUCACCUCAACGGUAACGGCGCUGCCGCCCUUCUUAAAUUAGCGGCGAUAAUGGCGGUAAAGCCGAUGCUGUGAUUGGACAAAGCGGGCAUUUGGCGUGAUUUCAUCGAGCUCAUAAAGAAGGAAGAAUACGACGAUGGAUUAUCUGCAAAUGUAGGCCUAGGACUAGGGGGUAGUGGCGGAGAGUUAGAUACGAGAGCAGCGAGCAGCGAGCAUCUUUUUGUCGGAACAAGAAGGUGCAUUAAUUUCUGUCUCCAGGCAUGAAUUUUCACGGGAAUUUAAGGAAUUUUAGGUGGGUUUUGAGAUGAGAUAGAGCCGUGAUUUGGGAGUGGAGCGGGUUCGAACAUGGUACCUGUGAAAAGCAUGACGUGGUCGAGAGUGCUGAAAUCGGCGCAAGCUGUGGCUGCGCACGGUUUGUUGCUGUGCUUCACAAUUCUGCUGACAUUGAAGCUGGACAAGCACCUCAAGCGCUCCUGGUGGUUUAUAUUCCUGCCUAUCUGGCUAUUUCAUAUUGUUGUUGCUCGAGGACGUUUUUCUCUUCCAGCGCCAUCACCUCCUCAUGAUCGACAUUGGGCACCUUGUCAUGCUGUUGCGGCCUCACCGCUUCUCAUUGCUUUUGAAUUGCUUCUUUGCACAUAUCUUGACAGCCAUUAUGACCGUUUAUCUCAUGCAGUGUAUGGAAUACAUAUAGUGAAUUUGAAGAUUGUCUUUCUUCCAUUGCUAAUAUUUGAAGCCAUUAUCCUUAUUGACAAUUUCAGGAUGUGUAGAGCUUUGAUGCCUAGUGAUGAAGAAAGCAUGACUGAUGAGGCCAUUUGGGAGACACUUCCACAUUUUUGGGUGGCUGUUUCAAUGGUGUUUUUCAUUGCAGCUACAAUGUUUACCCUUCUGAAGCUAAGUGGUGAUGUAGGUUCCUUGGGAUGGUGGGAUUUAUUCAUAAACUAUGGAAUUGCAGAAUGCUUUGCUUUUCUUGUGUGUACAAAGUGGUCCAAUCCUUGCAUCCAUAGAGAGCAUCAGUCUGGAGGAGCAAGCACAUCCUCUAUAAAUAGGCAAGCUUCUUCUAGUGAAAACCAAUAUCAGGAUGGCAUUUGUGGGUUGCAGAACAUUGGAGGGCACAUUAUGAAAGUUCCUGUAGUCGCUUUCCAGAUACUUCUCUGCAUGCGUUUAGAGGGUACACCCAAGGCUGCUCAGCAUAUUCCUGCCCAAGUAAUCUUCAUUCCGCUUUUCCUUGUCCAAGGUGUGGCUGUCCUAUUUUCUUUGUCACGCUUUGUAGAAAAAAUUGUACUUUUGCUACGCAGUGGGAACAAUACAGCAUUGGCUUUUAGGAUUUUCACAAAAUUCCGUGACACUUUUGGAUUUCUACAUCACGGAUCCAGGCUUUUGGGCUGGUGGUGUAUCGAUGAAGGUAGUAGAGAGGAGCAAGCUCGGCUUUUGCAUGCCCAAGGUUCAGGACAUUUGUUGAGUACCCAUUCUUAUAUUGGCAGCUAUAAUACAUUUAGUGGUUUUCCUCCUGAAGUGGUGAAGAAGAUGGCUAAGAAAGAGCUUGCUGAAGAGGUUUGGAGACUGCAAGCUGCUUUAGGAGAGCAAGCAGAAAUCACAAAGUACAGUCAGCAAGAGUAUGACAGGCUACAAAAUGAAAAGGUUCUAUGUAGAAUAUGUUUUGAAGGAGAUAUUGCAGUUGUGUUACUUCCUUGUAGGCAUCGCAUUCUGUGCAGGAGGCUCUCAGAGUUGAUAGGGUAUGGCAUUUUAGAGAGGAGCUGCAACUUUUCCACUAAUGAGUUUACAAGAACACUCUCAGUUUUCUGUUUUAAGUUUUAUGUUAACAAAGUUAAAUAUCAAGAACACUCUUAAUUACCUUGCUCCUCCAGGGACAAUUAGGGAAGAUAUAUGACCAAAGAGCAACAUGGAAACAGUGCCAGGUGCAGCUGCAAAGUUUUCAGCUUAACAAAUUUAAAGAAUUCAGUAUUGUAGUGAAUUUUGUAUUUUUAAGUUUUUAUGCCCAUGAAUGAAACACAAAGGGCAACACUUUCAAUAUGAAAUUUGGGGAGAUUAUAUGGCCAAGAGCAAUAUGGAAAGAGUGACAAAUCAGUUGUGAAAGAAUCUGGGACAAAUGUGAUGUGGAACAUCACUAUGAAGGUUUUCAAAAUUGUUACUUACAAACAUAUAGACGACCAAAGAAUAAUAUAGAAAGAAAAUUUGUAUUGGAAGAGUGGGAACAAGUGUGAUUUGGGGCUGGAAGCUUUCAGAUAACAACUUUUGCGAGAACCCUUUUUCUAGUUAAUUUUGCCAUUUCAAGUUUUAAACCCAUUUAAUUUUUUAUCAAGCAGAAAGAAUUUGAUUCUCCUUGCUCCUCAUCUUGGGGCAAUCAGGGAAAGACAAGUGACCAGAGCAAUAUUGAAAUAGUGAUCUAUUGAAAGUGGAAAAUCACUCGUGGAAGAAGCUGUUAAAAAUGUAGGGUGGGACAUCACUACAAAGGUGUCUAAGCCCAGAACUUCUGUAUGAAUGAAGCACACAUGAAAAUGUAAGCUCGUGUGCAAGUCA